CAGCAGCUUGUCAGGAGUUUAAGUUUCUUUAGAUGCUGAAAAAAGCCGAGGCAAAGUGAGCAGAGAUCAACCAACUGAACAGAAAAUGACAGCUCCAGCAGCUCAAGAACUUGACGAGCGAUGUUUCCUGUCGGCGCAGUCCAUGCCCAGUCUGAAGGUAUCCGAACACUUCCAGGUGGUAAAGCUCCUGGGAGAGGGAUCCUACGGAAAGGUCAUGUUGGCUGUUCACAGAAAGAGAGGAACACCUAUGGCUCUGAAGUUCUUCCCUCGUCAGUCCACCACGCUCGCCUCUUUCCUGCGUGAAUAUAACCUCUCCCUUUCUUACUGCACCCAUCCUUCUCUGACACGGGCCCUGGGCAUCUUCUUUUCCACACCCACCUACUAUGUGUUUGCCCAGCAAGCUGGACUGUACGGUGACCUCUACAGUGUGAUAGUCUCAGAGGUCGGGGUGGAUGAAGAGUGUGUUCAGAGGGUGAUGUCUCAGCUGAGCGGUGCCGUUACACAUCUCCACUCCCUGGGCUUCGUCCACCGCGACAUCAAACCUGAGAAUAUCUUCUUGUGUGACAGUUCCUGUCGCUGGGUCAAACUGGGCGACUUCGGCCUCGCCCGGAGCGUCGGCACCACCGUUCGUGCCGUCUGGUACGAGUCUCCCUUCUGCACUCCUGAGGUGGAACCUGCCAAGGAGCCUCAGAAGGAGAGAGAGUGGGAUGAGACUGAGGAGGAGGAGGAGAUGGAGGACAUUUGGAUAACAGUGGAGACCUCUAUUGACAGCUGGGCCCUCGGUGUACUCGUCUACUGCCUCUUGACUGGCUGCUUCCCCUGGCAGGAGAGCACCCACGAUGACCGCGGCUAUCGCAAAUUCAAGGAGUGGUUCGACCGCGAGGCUGAAAAGGAGGAGAAGCUGAGGGACGGGGAGUGGAGGAGUGGAGAGGAGAUAGACAGUUACACAAUCAUGAAGGAGAACCGAAGGGACAAUCCUGUGCCCUCACAGUUUGAGGGCCUCAGCAUGCUGGUGAUGACUCUUUUGAAGGAGCUGCUCCACCCUGAGCCCAAGCAAAGAGGGAGCCCAGAGGAGAUCCUCAGCUACCUGGGAGGGCCGUGGCUGACGGAGACAGAAGUUGAGGAGCAGAGGAAGGCGGAGGAAGCAGAGAAGGAGGCCAGAAAAAUAAGAGAGGCAGGAGGUGUAGAAGAGAAGCUGCUGAGGGAAGGAAGAGGGGAGAGAUAA